UAUUUAAAUUCUGUGUCAUUUGACAUUUCUCGAAAUAUUAAAAUGGACUUAAGCCACGUCAGGCGGCUGCCUUCUGCGGGCUACCGGUCACCGGAACCAUCCGAAAGUUCCAGGCCGGUACCGGUACCAGCUCGUGCACGAUCGGACAACACGCGCUUUAAUGGCAGAAGAGACGCGUCAAAGUUGCAGAGUGCGGACAAGACCGACCCGGUUAAAAAGGACCAAAUGUGGCGAGAGGCGGUGCACAGCGAGCUGAGAGGAGGCAGAGAAUGGCCAGCAACACGUCUCUGUUCUCUGAGCGCCCUCCCCAACACCGCCAACCAGAUGUUUGGAAGCAGCCUGUCCACGCUGCAAGGGAGGGAACUGAUGAGACUGGAAGGCUGUCACUCUGGUCCCUGACCACAAGGCAGGCCGGGUCCAGAGAUUCUGCUCUCAAAGUCAAGUCACAUGUGAGCAGAUGUGUUGUUAUAACUCCGCCCAUUUGCUCCCCUCGGGAUGCGAGCUGGCCUCCGUUACACAGACGUCUCAACUUUCACUUUCAUUACGUGGAGUCCAGCUGGCUCUCACAAGCUGUGACACCUUUCAUUACUCAGCCAAAGAGAGUUUAAAUGUGAUAUAAGACACGAACGAGUAAUUUAGACAUCAAUAAAGAAGCCGUAUCUUUAAACUAGAAGGGCACCUGAUGAGCACAUACAUCUGUCAGGGUUGAACAGUUAUGGAAUUUAGCAUUUUUUUAUUAACAAGGACCAGAGUCUGAGGACCAGAACCUGUUGGUUGUGCCAAGGUGAAGGCUGAAGACCAAAGGACACUGUGCAUUUGAGGUUGUGACACCCAAACUGUGGAAUGUGCCGCCACCACACCUACGCUCCGUGGACUCUGUAGGAACUUUUAAGAAGCUCAAGACCCAUUUGUACAUACUUGCUUUUAACUAGUUUUAUGUUAUUGCUGCUUUUAGUUUCUGUGUUUUUAUUUCUGUGCUCUUAAAUUCCUGUAAAGCACUUUGUGA